GUGUCAAAUGGCCGGACCGGCAACAUGUGAGAUGAUGCAUAGUGAUUAGUGAACGAUGAUAUUGGGUGAAUAGGAAAAAAGGACUCAAGGUAAUUUAUUUUGUUUGUCAUCUGGAAGGUGACGAAGGACUUGAUAGUAAAUACCAUCUGAAGAUUUGGUUCUAUUGGUCACUGAAAAUUCAGCAUGAGACCAAAAGCCGCUGGUACUGCUAGAAUGGAGCCAAAAUUGAACUGACGAUUGCUUAAUUAUCAGUUUCUGAAGGGAAGGCCUGACUUAUAACUUACGCUUGUAUUGCUGCUGAUAUUGCCUCCCAAUAAGAAUGGAGACAAAUUUCGAGGAAAGACUAUUCAUUCAGCAAGUGCUAAGCAAUUUCCCCUCUCUCUCUCUCUCUCUCUCACACACACACACACACACACACUUAGAGAGAAAAAACUAAUCCUUAAAUCUCAGUUCUGUCUGUCACUACUGCAAGUCUGCAAUACGCAUCCAUAGGCCAUAACAGAUAACACUCCAAACACCAGCAUUCUUAGAAGUGAAGCAAAGUAUACGGAAGCAAUCAUCAUUCACUUCCACAUUUUCUCUAACCAACUCUGUCUGGUACAUGCCCAAAUUUUGUUCAGAAGUAUUAAGGCUCUUCUUUAAAUGGCCUCUCCGAAGCCCCACACAUAUAAUUAAGUUCACGGCCAAAUUGCUAAGUUUCAAGGAAAGUCCUUAGUAUUCUGUGUGUGUCUCUAUAUACACAUAUAUAUACGAAUAAAUAUUGGAAUGGAAACUGUCAAGCCUGAGUUCGAAAUAUGUUCAUCAAUCAAGAAGCUUUCGACAUGGAAGUGUGCAAGCACUAGUGAGCAAAGAGUUAACAAUGGUUCCAUGCCGGAGCGCCAAAGGACCAAAAAGGAAAGAGAAUCGUAUCAGUACAAUUUGGAGGCCUGGUCAAGUGGGAAAAAACUAUUGCAUGAUUCAAGGACUUGGGGUGCUGAAAAGGCAGUGAAGAAACCGCUGCUUCUUGGUUGUUCAACAAGUAAAGCUCUAGUGUGCAACAGUGAAGUUGAAGAACUAAAUGAGCGGUUGAGGAUUCUUGAAGAAGAAACUGAAACUAUGAAGCAAGAGUUAUUUGAGAGUGCACAAGAGAGAAAGAAGUUGAUGAAUGAGAUAUAUCAGCAGUUUCAGAUGCUAGAAAUUGACCCCAGAUAUCUGGUAGCAAGAGAAUUUAAGUCUACUGAUGGAAAUACAAGUGUCAACUCUUCACAGGAUGAGAGAAUGGGAACUAGUUUGUCAGAUAUCUUGCACCAAGAUCCACAUCCAUCUCUUGUCACCAGAAAUCUUAGAGCUAAUGCUUUGGCACUGCUGAUGUAAGCAUAUACCAUUUAGAUAGAUGAAUCCAUCUCCAUCAAAAUGUAAUCUCAGAUGGUAUAUGUAGCCAACCAUGUUCUGUUCUUUUCUUUGCCCAGAAUAUCACUGGGAUAUCAUACUACUUGAUAUUCACCA